AUGUCGGGACACUUGGAUAGAUUUGCGAGGCCUUGCUUUGAGGGUUCAUCUGGUCAUGAUGAGAGAAGAGAAAGAAAGUCAGAUUUUGAAACUUCGGAGGAUGAAAGGAGGACUAGAAUUGGUGCUUUGAAAAAGAAGGCACUAAAUGCUUCUUCAAAGUUUAAGCAUUCGCUGAAGAAGAAGAAGAAGAGCAAUAGAAGAACGAGUGAGGGUCGGGUUUGUUCAGUUUCAAUUGAAGAUAUCAGGGAUGCCGAGGAGUUGCAAGCUGUUGAGUCGUUUAGACAGGCCUUGAUGUUGGAUGAGCUGCUACCUGAAAAGAUUGAUGACUACCAUAUGAUGUUGAGAUUUUUGAAAGCAAGGAAAUUCGAUAUUGAAAAGUCGAAGCUAAUGUGGGCAGAUAUGCUUCAAUGGAGGAAAGAUUUUGGCACUGACACAAUUAUUGAGGAUUUUGACUUCCAAGAGCUGAAUGAAGUUUUGAAGUACUACCCCCAGGGGUAUCAUGGAGUCGAUAAGGAGGGGAGGCCCGUAUACAUAGAGAGACUAGGGAAAGUUGACCCAAACAAACUCAUGCAAGUUACUACUAUUGACCGUUACAUAAAAUACCAUGUGAGAGAAUUUGAGAAAGCUUUUGCAAUAAAGUUUCCUGCUUGUACCAUUGCAGCAAAACGGCACAUUGAUUCUAGUACAACAAUUUUGGAUGUUCAUGGCGUGGGUUUGAAAAACUUUAACAAGAGUGCGAGGGACCUUAUAACACGGAUCCAGAAGAUUGAUGGCGAUAAUUAUCCUGAAACCCUCCAUCAAAUGUUCAUUAUCAACGCUGGUCCAGGCUUUCGGUUACUGUGGAAUACUGUGAAGAAUUUUAUUGAUCCCAAGACAGCCACUAAAAUUCAUGUUCUAGGAAAUAAGUACCAGACCAAGUUGUUUGAAAUAAUAGAUGCGAGUAACUUGCCAGAUUUCUUGGGAGGAACAUGUACCUGUUCAGAGCAAGGUGGUUGCCUCCGGUCUGAUAAAGGACCUUGGAAGGAUCCUGAGAUACUCAAGAUGGUGGUUGACGGUGAAGCACGGCAUGGCAGGCAGGUAGUCAAGAUUAUCAACAGUGAUGGGAAGGUGGUGUAUGCCAAGCCUCAUCUACCCAUAAUGAAAGGUAGUGAUACAUCUACAGCAGAGUCUGGUUCUGAAGCUGAAGAUAUUACUUCAGCAAAAGCCACUAGAAACUAUUCACACCUUCGUUUGACUCCAGUUCGAGAAGAGGCGAAGGCAGUAGGAACACUUGGCUACUAUGGGAAGUUCUCAGCAUAUGAUGAGUAUGUUCCCAUGGUUGACAAGGCUGUUAAUUCUGGAUGGAAGAAGCAAACAGGUCCAGAGAAGCUUCAUAUAUCUAAAGAGAUGUUUCCAAAAUGUGAUUCCCCAAAGGUACCGGAAGGAUAUCGUGCUCGUCUCUUGGCUGCUCUUAUGAGCUUCCUCACGACUCUCUUCCUUUUCUUCGGUGUCAUGAAGAAACUUGGUGCUGACACAGAAACUAAGCAUGAUGACCAAACAAGUCGAGGAUUUUCCUUUGGCACGAAUACCAAGGAGGAGUUUAGACCUCCAUCACCAACACCAUCUUUUACAGAAGCUGAACUUCUAACAUCUGUUGUCAAGAGGUUGAGUGAGCUCGAGGAUAAGGUCGACACUCUCCAGUCAAAGCCAUAUGAGAUGCCUUACGAGAAGGAGGAGCUUCUAAAUGCUGCUGUUUACCGAGUGGAUGCCCUGGAAGCAGAGUUGAUUGCAACCAAAAAAGCUCUGCACGAGGCUUUGAUGAGGCAAGAGGAGCUGCUUGCUUAUAUAGACAGCCAAGAAGAAGCCAAGUACCAAAAGAAGAAAUCCUGCUGGUGA